AUGUCCCCCAAUCCCUUUCCGAUUUAUCACCAAGUAUGGCGAAAGACGGAGAAGUCGAAUUUCUCGAGUCCCAGAGGAUACCCGGCUGCAAGCCUUCAGCAGAUUCCAACAGAUGCCGCCGAAUCAGAGCCUGCCCAUUGGGCGAUGGGCCAUCCGAUAACUUUGCAGAUAACGCCCAACUCGCACGCCUCCCGUCAAUCGGGCCGUUUAGCAUUGACACAAUUCUACGCGGCGUCCCUGCCUUGCUGCCUCGAAGAUCGCCUACUGAUCAGCGUCAGAUCGAUACGUGUCUCGAGCAAUCGUAAUGGCGGCUAUCCCGGUUUCACUGCCGAUAGCUCGAUCCGGUUCCCUCUCGAAGAUGGCGCGUUCCACGUCCGCAUGAAGAUUCCAUUUUCCAUCAUAUGGCACUUCGACCCCAGCAUUAGCCAGUGCCGGCCUCGCAAGCCUUGGGUUGCCAAACUAUUUGGACAGUGCGAUAGCCUUUCAUUCAAGACCGUCAAGCUUGCUAUUCGUCAUCUCUUCCAGAUCUCGCAACAACCAAGUGGCUUGCUCUUCGGAAGAGAAGAACCUGUUCGCUUUUCCGUUGCGAGUUGUGACGUGGAUAAUUGGGAGCAUCUUGGUAGCUCGAAUUUUCUCUUGACAUUUUCCGUCGGGGCUGAGGACAAUGGUAACACCAGGGUUUUGGUUUUCGAGGCCAACGAGAAGUUGGUCCAAGGCAGUAUCCACUUCUCCGGGGAGGAAUUUGGUGAAAAAGAAAAGGCGGCUUGGACGGCAGGAUGGACGAACUUGGUGAAGCCGUGCGGAAGGUCAGACUCGUUCUUGACUCCCCUUGAGCGCGAGAUGCGGGACGAGAACCUGGUACAGUACAACAUGGACACUACAUGGCUAAGGUGUCUGGCAGUCUCGACGAGAACGAGUCGCCCGGAAGCUUAUUUCGCGAGCCAUAAAUUGUGGUAA